UCCUAACCGGAUUUUUGUCACCUGGUUUUUGUUUAUUUUUAAUACCAUGAUGAACCCGAAUUUGAACAGCAACUAGUUAACUUGCUUCAAUGCCUAACUGUGACGCAAUAGUAUGGUGGAUUAGUGUGGUGGGAUGUCACAUUCCAAAGCUCUAUGAGCCAUAUAGGACCCAUGUAAAGUACUUAUACUUUAUUUAAUAAUCUAGCAACUGUAGAGCCAGAGCAAAAGGAGGCAUGGGAACAGUGCAUGCUGGCUAUGACCAAAUGCACCACAGUUCAGGGUUCAUGCUCAGCUGCUCCUUGGCCAGUCCCAUUUCCACCAAGAGUAGUCUGGCUAUAUUAGCACCAGUUUGUGAAGCCCCCUUAAGUCUCAGAGGUGUGUAGGUAAUGGGACAUUGUCAGAUUUAGGAGUAUAGUUGAAAAUACAGCAGGUCAAAAACACAACUGGGAUAAUACCAGAAUGAAUAGACUGUGGAUGAACUUGGGAAAAGAUUCCUCAUUCUGUGGCAAAGUAGUGGCACAAGGUGGCUGUUAACCCAGGUAAGACCGGAAUGCAGUGCAGCCCACUGAUGAGUGGAUAAGGAGGUACUGGAGAUACUUGAACCGCUACUUAGAAUAUUCAAACUGAUUGUCUCAACAAUAUUUCUCUCUCUAUUUUCCCACUGAACUGAAGGUGAUGACCAGAGGUCAGACUGAUAUUCCAUGAAACAUCUCCAUCAUUGAUGUAGUGAAGCUACAAUACCCAGCAUGCAGUACUCAAAAACUUAAUCGAACCAUUGUUUAUCCCUACUGCGAUCAACGAAUCCGGACAUGUUAGUGAUGCAUGACACUCUAAUGUCAGUGGGAUUACCGGCUUGGAAAUACAAAAUGAAGAACAAUGGGAUGUCCACAAGCAUAUAUGGGUGUGAUGGUCAGGUGACCACAUUCUUUUGGCCAUAUAGUGUAUGUAUGUGGAUACUGUACCAUCACAACCAUAUAGAAGGCCUGGUGCACGGUCAGCAUACCAAUUAAUCCCACAGGUGUUCAGUGGGAUUGAGGUCGGUUCUCGGGUUCUUCACCAUUUAACCUUGGAAAACCAUGUCUUCAUGGAACUGGCAUUUGUGCACAGAGGCAUAGACAUGAUGAAAUGGGUUUGGGUCCUUCAGAUCCAGUGAAGGGAAAUUGUAAUGCUGCAGCAUACAAAAACAGAUUCUACAAUUGUGUGCUUAUAACUUUAUAAGAGUUUUUGAAGAACCAUAUAUGGCUUGGAAAUACAGAAUGAAGAACAAUGGGAUGUCCACAAGCAUAUAUGGGUGUGACGGUCAGGUGUCCACAUACUUUUGGUCAUAUAGCGUAUGUCUGGUCAUUUUAGGCUAGGAUCAUUUAGCCAAUGACCGGGGCACCAAGCCAUAAUAGUCUUGUAGAGUUACACCAUUUGAAAGUGUUAGUUUUGCUGAAUAGCACGCCCUGUCUUUUAGUGGUAAUCCAUACUAACAAAUGGAUAACAUCUUCAGCCAACGUCAGUCCGAUUCCUAAAUAAAAUUCUUGAUAGAUUAUUCAGUCAGCAUAUAACCAAGUACUGUCCGGUUGCUAGGCUACACGGGUCUUUUUGCAACCAGGUUGUGUAUCUUUUUGUUUACAAGCACUAAAGGGGUCUAUACACCACCAAAAAUUAUGGAUAUUUACAGUACGAGUGUGCAGCCAGCACGUCAAACCUGAGGAGUCUGGAAGAGAUUUGAAAGUGGAGUUACUGGGUCCUCUGCCAAAAUAGAUGCUUAAAAAAAAAAAUGCUGAUUCUGUCUAUUUUAAGUACAAAAUGGAGACCAGAGGAGAUUUCCAUGCCCGGUCAACCUGACAAAAGGAGCCAAACUGAGAAAUGAACGAUACCCUGCUGCAAGUCUUCUGCUCCUGGUGUCCACUUUCCUACCUGUCUCAGACUUACCUUGACAUUCACAUAAGGAGAAGCCACUAUCAAGAAUACGUGGAAGUGAAAAAUGUGAACGUGUUGCCCAGAAGACCACAGACAUGCUCUGGAACUCAUGGACAAAUACAAAAAGAAACUGAUCACUGCUUCGAUUGUGGGAAGGGUUUCACUCAGCCGAAUAAUCUCAAAACCCACCAGUGUGUCCACACAGCUGAGAAUGUGUACCACUGCUCACAGUGUGAGAAAAGUUUUCACGAAAGGGUUGUUCUUCAGCGAGACCAGAGCGUUCACACAAGAGAGAAAGCGUACCGUUGCUCACAGUGUGGAAAGUGUUUCCCACGACAGAAUGCUCUCCGAACCCAUCUGCUCGUUCACGCGGGAGAGGAGCCGUAUCGCUGCUUACAUUGUGGGAAGAGUUUUAGACGACGGGGUAAUCUUCAAACACACCAGCGCGUUCACACAGGAGAGAAACCGUAUCGCUGCUCGGAGUGCGCGAAGAGUUUUAACCACCAAAGCAGUCUCGUAAAACACCGGCGCGUUCACACAGGAGAGAAGCCGUACCGCUGCUCCCAAUGUGGAAAGAGUUUUAAUAACGGGAGUAAUUACAAACAGCACCAGCGUAUUCACGCGGUAGAGAAGCCGUAUCGCUGCUCUCACUGUGGAAAGAGUUUUAACAGCAGCACUGCUCUACAAAGACACCAGAGCGUUCACACUGGAGAGAAGCCGUAUCGCUGCUCACACUGUGGGAAGCGUUUUACCUACCAGAGUCAUCUCAAAGAUCACGAGCGCAUUCACACGGGAGAAAAGCCUUACCAUUGCUCCCACUGUGGAAAGAGCUUUAAUAAAAGGAAUACUCUACAGAGACACCUGCGCGUUCACGCCGAAGCGAAGCCGUAUCCGUGCUCGCAGUGCGGGAAGAGUUUCACUCAACAGAGCGAUCUCCAAAGACACCGGCGCAUUCACACGGAAGAGAAACCGUAUCCCUGCUCACAGUGUGGGAAAAGGUUUACUCUUAGCGACACGCUCAGGCGACACCAGUACGUUCACACGGGAGAGAAGCCGUAUCAGUGCUCGGAGUGUGGGAAGAGGUUUAAUCAUCACAGCGAUCGACGAAAACACCAACGCAUCCACACGGGAGAGAGGCCGUAUCGCUGCUCGGGUUGCGGGAAGAGCUUCGUCCAACAGAGCGAUCUCCGAAGACACUGGCGUGUUCACACGGGAGAGAGGCCGUAUCACUGCUCGGAGUGCGGGAAGAGUUUUAGACAGCAGAAUGCUUUCCGAACGCAUCAGCUGGUCCACACGGGAGAGAAGCCGUAUCACUGCUCGGAGUGCGGGAAGAGUUUUAAUCAAAAGGGUGUUCUCCGAAGACACCAGAGGAUUCACACGAGAGAGAAGCCGUAUCACUGCUUACUUUGUGGCAAGAGUUUUAGACGACGCGGUCAUCUCCGGCAACAUCAGCUUGUUCACACAGGAGAGAAGCUGCAUCACUGCGCACACUGUGGGAAGAGAUUCACUUAUUCAAAUACAUUUAAGAAACACAAGUGCACCAACGUAGAGGCAACAGCUAAUCCAAACACAUCUUCAAAUCCAGAUACCUGAUUGACGUUACUCCCGUUGUUUACGUUUGUCUGCCGUGAUUUGUUUAAAUAAUUAUACGGCCAAGACUAUCUAGACAUCUGGCCCUCACACCCAUAUGUGGAUCCACCCCAAAAUGUGGUCACAAAGUUGGAAGCGCACAAUUGUCUAGAACGUCUUUGAAUGUUGUAGCAUGAAGAUGUUUCUUCACUGGUGCUGAGAGGCCCAGACGUGAUCCAGCAUGACAAUGCGCCUGUGUAUAAAGCGAGGUCAUUGUUUGCCAUGGUUGGUGUGGAAGAACUCCUGCUCAGAGCCCUGACCUCAACCCGGGUGAACACCUAUGGGAUGAACUAGAACAUCAUCUUGCCUGUCAUCAGUGCCCAAGCUUACUAAUGCUCUCGUACAUGAAUGAGCACAAAUCCCCACAGCCACGCUCCAAAAUCUAGUGGAAGAGCAAAGGAGACUGACUCCAUAUUAAUGCCCAUGGUUUUGGAACGGGAUAUUCGACAAGUAUAUAUGUGUCCACAUACUUUUGGCCAUACACUGUAUGUAUAUGUAGUUCUACAUGACAAUUUGCAAUGCAUUGGUUAGUAUUAUAUUUCACUUUUAAGCUUUCCUAUUGGUAAAUUUGUAAACUCUAUAGUAUACCUAUAGUAUUUUAUGUCCCUUCAAUAAAUUUUACUCCGUGUUUAAAACUUACAUGCUCUGUCUUUUUUGUUUCUUCUUCAAUCAUACACACGAAUACAUCUUGGCAUUCCGUACGAUCGCAAGGUCUUAGAGGCUAUUAGAUGUAACGAUAAACGUAA